ACUGCCCAUAUGUAUUUGGAUCACGUAAAAAACGGGACCCCAAUUCCGGAUCCGGAUUGUACCUCCUGCGAUUUCUAUUUCUCCCCCAAAAUGUAAAGCGCGCGAAUGGUAAGUCAUAGGUUCUUUUCAACUCUCUGUCACGCAAACGCGCGCGUACACACACGCUGAGGAAUCGGCCAUGGAAGUGUCGAGCCUACCAAUUUCAGCUUCGCAAAGAGGAAAGCUGAUAUCAUCAGGCUAUACUUCUCUCUCUUCACUCUCCUCCGUCUCUCCUUCUCGCCUCGCUCAAGAUUUGAAAAUUUCGGAAAAUGAGGCCCUUGAAAUACUGAAAGUAGCGUCGCGGAGGAGUGGGUUAGACAUAACUGAUAUUGGAGCUUGUGCUAUUGUUAAUGGAGCACAGACAGCCUGGGAUAUACUACAUGAGGAGGAAUCUUCUGUGCGUAUUACAACAUCCUGCUCAGAUCUGGAUGACAUCCUAGGUGGAGGAAUUAAUUGUAAAGAAGUUACUGAAGUUGGUGGAGUGCCAGGCAUUGGUAAAACACAACUGGGGAUUCAACUGGCAAUAAAUGUUCAAAUUCCAGCUGAUUAUGGUGGCCUUGAAGGAAAGGCAGUUUAUAUAGAUACAGAAGGCAGUUUUAUGGUCGAACGUGCUUUUCAAAUUGCUGAGGCAUGCAUAGAGGACAUGCAAGAAUAUAACAGCUUCCUACGGAAGGACUUUCAAGCCUGUCAAAAUAGGAAGGACCCUAAGGAUUUUCUCGACAAUAUAUUCUAUUUUCGUAUUUGCAGUUACACAGAGCAAAUUGCUGUUAUAAAUUAUUUGGAGAAAUUCGUCUCAGAGCAUAAAGAUGUUAAGGCCGUUGUUAUCGAUAGUAUUACUUUCCACUUCCGUCAAGAUUUUGAGGACAUGGCUCUUAGAACUAGACUACUUGGUGGAAUGGCCUUAAAACUAAUGAAACUUGCAAAGACGUUUAAUUUGGCAGUAAUUCUAUUGAAUCAAGUAACCACCAAGUAUUCAGAAGGUUCAUUUCAGUUAACUCUGGCUCUAGGCGAUAGUUGGUCACAUGCUUGUACUAAUCGGGUCAUAUUGUACUGGAAUGGCAAUGAAAGAUAUGCACAUAUAGACAAAUCACCCUCUAUGAGAGCAGCAUCAGCGCCAUAUGCCGUGACCGGAAGAGGGAUCCGAAACUGUGCUUCAAACAGUAAACGAGUUAAAAUGAUGUAGGCUUUCAUUUGGCAAGACGAGCAGCAGAAUACUUUGGUUCUUUUCUUGGAUAACGUGAUUACUUAUCUUAAUUUAUGUUUUACAUAUUACUCAUCAAUAUGUGGAAAUAUAGAGAGACUGCAAGACAAAAUGAAGGUUUAGAGCUUUUAUACUGCAGCUUUCUUUUUUAAUCCAUCGUUUCAAUUUUCAUCGUUA